GUCUUACAGGGUGUUUUUAGAAACACAUUUCAAAUUGCCCUCUUGGCGGUUUCAUUUCAGAUUCUGCUCUUCCUCUGUUGCUUCUCCAUUUCUUCACUUUUUCUCCACCAUUUUCGUCACUCUUUCCACCAUUGCGUUCAGUCUCUCUCGACCAUUGCUUUGACUAUCGCCGGAUUGUCUCUUGGUCUCUCCACCGAAAGACAUUUCCCGCUUUGUUCGUCUGUCCCUGUUUUCGUUGGCGGUAUUUUUCCCUUUAUGCAAAGUUUCGGCUUUUCACAGUGUCGAGGUGAAUUUGUGAUUUGAGUGUUUACUGGAGUUGAUACAUAAAUGGAAGGAUCUAAGUGCAAUUGGCGCCUCCGAACAUGGAUGGAAUCAUCCUAUAUUGUGGAGAUGAAUGCCUUAUUACGAGAUUCCCAUUGUAGGCGCAUCUCGACCACUCCAUUCAAGUGGUGUUUGGACAUGGUUAGACCGUUAGACAUAUCUCGACCAUUGCUGAAGGAGAUGUUGAGCCGGUGGGUUGGGAUGAAUAAAUCUUUUAUAGUUAGACAACAAAUGGUGCCAUUUAAUGUUGUGGAUGUAUUAAUGAGUUUAGGUUUAGGAUUGGGGGGUUUAGAUGUGCCUUAUGAUGAAUCAGUAUGUGGUCUUGUAGGUGAAAUGUUUAAUUCCAAAACAACAACUUUGAAAGACCUUAUAAAUAUGUUUAAAGUCAUUGUAGACAAUGAUGAUACUGAGGUAGAUGUUGUUUGUAGGUUGUAUUUAUUAGUGUGUUUUGUUGUUUUCUAUUUUCCUAGGAAGUCUAAGUUUGUAUCUAACAUGCCUUGUAUAGUGUUAGAUGACUUAGAUAGUUUGGAUCAUUAUGAUUGGACAAGUGCUGUACAUAAAUAUAUAGUACGUAGUUUAAAUAAAUGUAGUACUAAAAUACUAAAGGGAAGGAUCGUUGACUCGGUGAGUAUUAGUGGCAAUGUUGCUGUGUUGCAGCUUUGGGCCUUUGAACGCCUUAAGUUACAUGCCCGUGCUUCUGAUGUUUCCUUCCCCCGAGUCCUACAAUGGUCUUGUUUUAAAUUAAGGUCAAAGAAAAUACAAUUGUUGUUUCAGACAAAAGAUAUAUAUUGGGAUUGGUACCUAUGUGAAGCGGACCGUAGAAACCCUCUCAUCCGCGCUGCUUUCCAUUUGGAUGAGAGAGCAAGGGCUGAAGGACCAAUCCCCAAAGGAGGAAGUGGUGAAGGAGAUGCGGACAACUGGAAAAAUGUCGUUAUUGAAAAAUUGAAUAAAAACAACACCAAGAUAAAAAAGCUGAAAGAAAGAAUUUUGGCUCUUAGGAAGGAACUUGAUGGGCGAAAGGCUGCAAACUUCGAAGAGAAGCGUCCUUCAUUUAAUGAUUUUGGUGCUGAUGAUGAAGUUGAGGUGAAUGAGGAAGCUCCAUGUGAACCUCAAGAGCAUCCACGAGAUGUUAUUGACAUUGAAGAUGUUCCUUCCGGUUUUCCUCCCAAACUUGGGGGCACUGUGUAUUCUGGAAAAUCCAGUGAUGAUGCUUCAAAUGCUAGGAAAGAUGGUUUCAAAGACAACGAAAAUAUUGAUGCUGAAGUUCUAGUAAGAUGUAAAAAUUUGUCCAACCAGAGUUCUUCAGCCCCUACUGCAGAUUACAAAAGUGCUAAAAGGAUGUCACCACAGGCAAAACUGGUUGGGAAAGAUACUGUUAAACCAUUGAUUUUGAAGGAAGAUGUUGAAGAUGCAAAUGGGAGCAAAGAAGCAAGGCUGUCUAUUGAGGGGGUGAGCCUAUCUGGGGCUCAAGGUGAAAGCUAUAAUUGUGUAUCAGGAAUAAAUGUAAUAGAUCUUGAACAGAGAAUAAAAAAACUGAAGACAAAAGAUAGCAAAAUUUGGUCACUGUUGAAAAAAUUAUUAGCUUAUCAAACCAAAACCUUACUACUUGUUAACAUGUAUUUCCUUUUAUAUAUACUUGCAGAAUUUAAUGACAUGAAUGUUCAGAAAAACAAGUUUAACAUGAUACUAUAG